AUGGCUGAGGUUGGGUGUGAUCGAAGUAAUUUAAAAGAUGCCAUAUUACGAGUGUGGACACCCGCAAUGGGAGAGCCUUCAAUUCAAGACCUGUGGUAUAAAAACUUAUGUGGAAUCAUGGAAAUUGGAGAUGUAGAUAAUUCAUCUGUAAUUUCCCAGUUCCUGUCGACAGUUUUCCCUCUCAAGGUUGUCGAACUUGUUUUAGAAAUGCACCGGUUUGCUUUUCAAACAGACUUAGCGAAAUACUUUGACAAUCAGGGGCCUUUCCAACUUGAAGAUGCUUUAGUUUCAGGAAGCUGGAGUGAAGGUCUUUUGGUUAAUUUUGACUUAUCGACAGAGAUCACGCCACCGGAUGUGGACUUUAUGUGCGUUCUAAAAACGAUUAAAUUCAGUACACGAGACCAGUUGUUUGGUAACUUGAGAGUAAGAGACGAUACACCAUUUGUUAAUGCAUACAUUACAGACGAAGUAUGUGCCAAAUUAUGGAAAGAUUUCUUGCACGAUAGUUCGGAUAAUUUAUCGAAGAAGCAUCGUCUUUCAUCAUUCAAACUGAAAGAGAAAUUAUGUCAAAACUAUUCCAAUGUUGGAAAUCUUUUUCGCCCUCUUUCAGGCGACCUGCAAUGUCACGUACACUGUCAGCCAGAUAGUGCAGCUUUUUCAGUAGAUAACGAAAAACCGGCGGAUUGUACUCCAAUCGUCAAUUCUGAUUCUAUGAGGUCGCUGAUUGAUGCACUUCAUAACAAAACGAUUUCGGGCUCGGAUAUAAGUAAUGUAAUUUUCCAAAUUGUUGGGAAAAUCUUAUAUAAACUUCUGCCAUCUAGUGACAUUGUUUUAGCAUUGUCGUGCGAUGGAUGGCCUUCAUGUGCCAACGAAUGGAUUACACGUGAACGAAUGUGGCCUGACAAAGAUUUGGUUACGAAAAUAGCGCAAAAUGGAUUUUAUAUUGUUCCCAAGAGUUCGACAGAAGGAGAUUUUCGUUUGUCAUUUUCGUUUGCUGAAACUUCAUUAAUAACGCACUUGUCACCACUCCAACAUAAAGUAGUGAGAUCUUUUAAAGCUGUUGUUAAAUACAAUCAAAGUUCUUGGGGUCCAGACAUAAAGGAAGUGAUUAAAACGUAUCAUCUGAAAACCAUUGCAUUUUGGUAUUUCGAGAAGACAGCACCAGACUCCUUUUCAGAAGAUACGGUUGUUACUCACCUUAUCUUAUUGCUUCAAGAGCUGGCAGAGGCGAUGUUGAAACGGGAACUUCCGAUGUAUUUCAUGCCCAAGGUCAAUCUUUUGGAAGGUGUUACAAAUUAUGAAGAAGCGAUGGAUCUAUUCGAGAAAGUAAAUCAGCUAUCCGCAAACUGUGCGGCAAUAACUAAGACUGUGCAGAAAUUGUCAAAAGUUACUCUAAACACUGUUUUUCAAGACGUUAUCAGAGACUUCGUAUUGGUAUGGGAAAGUGCAAAACAAACCGAAAAUUCAGAUGUCCAAUUAUCAGAAAAGUCAGAAAAUGCAGUACAAAUAUUUGCCUACUGUUGCAGCCAAUUCCUGUCUUUUUUUACAAAUGCGUCACGACUUUCUUCGAUCCAGGAUGAUAAAACUCUGACAUCGACCUCACGGCAUGAUUUGGGAAAGAUACACUACGAUAAAUGUCUAUCUUGUAUUGUAAAUAUAAUUAAUGUAAUAGUUAACGAACUAAAGUUGGGUAAUCAUGUUACAAAUACACGUAUUACUUAUGGGGUAAGUUUUGCAUUUUUGUAA